AUGCAAACUGAUCCGCACUCUUCUACGGCAAUGUGUAUACUAACCCACCGAAUUUCAAGUCAGGAUGAUGCUAUGCCCGUUGCCCACGUUGCCUUGCCCGUUCCGCUUCCUCGUACCUUUGACUAUCUGCUGCCAGAAGGCAUGACGGUUAAAGCUGGGUGUCGCGUGCGCGUGCCGUUUGGCAAACAGCAGGAGCGCAUCGGGAUUGUGGUAUCAGUUAGCGAUGCCAGCGAACUGCCGCUCAAUGAGCUAAAAGCGGUAGUCGAAGUGCUGGAUAGUGAGCCGGUGUUUACUCACUCCGUCUGGCGAUUGCUGCUAUGGGCGGCAGAUUACUAUCAUCAUCCGAUUGGCGAUGUGCUGUUUCAUGCCUUGCCGAUUUUACUACGCCAGGGGCGGCCUGCGGCGAACGCGCCGAUGUGGUACUGGUUUGCCACUGAACAAGGCCAGGCGGUGGAUCUGAACAGCCUGAAACGCUCCCCCAAGCAACAACAGGCGCUGGCGGCGUUACGGCAAGGCAAAAUCUGGCGCGACCAGGUCGCCACGCUCGAAUUUAAUGAUGCCGCGUUGCAGGCGCUACGCAAAAAAGGUCUGUGUGAUUUAGCAAGUGAAACACCAGAGUUUAGCGACUGGCGAACGAACUAUGCCGUUUCUGGUGAGCGGUUGCGAUUGAAUACCGAACAGGCCACCGCCGUUGGCGCAAUUCAUAGCGCGGCAGAUACUUUUUCUGCCUGGCUGCUGGCGGGCGUUACCGGUUCCGGUAAAACGGAGGUUUAUCUCAGCGUACUGGAAAACGUGCUCGCUCAGGGCAAACAGGCGCUGGUGAUGGUGCCGGAAAUCGGCCUGACACCGCAAACUAUCGCCCGUUUUCGUGAACGUUUUAAUGCCCCCGUGGAAGUUCUGCAUUCCGGCCUGAACGACAGCGAGCGUCUUUCGGCGUGGCUGAAAGCGAAAAAUGGUGAGGCGGCGAUUGUGAUCGGCACCCGCUCCGCGCUGUUUACGCCGUUUAAAAAUCUCGGCGUGAUUGUCAUUGAUGAAGAGCACGACAGCUCCUACAAGCAGCAGGAAGGCUGGCGCUAUCAUGCCCGCGACCUGGCGGUGUAUCGUGCGCACAGCGAGCAAAUCCC